AUGAGCAGCGAGUCAGCGAUGUCUUUCCUUGGCCCUUUUUCUAAGAAGAUGAACUCGUCUGCCGAGGAGCCUUUCUUGGCACAGGGAACGGAACCCCGCCGCCGCCAUUCGCGCUGGCCUCAAAUCUCCACCAUAAUUCUUUCGACCACGACUCUCGUCUUUGGACUCCUCUCUAUGUUCCUGCUCAUUCAGUUGCAGGCGUGUUCUGUCCAAACCUUCAAGGAUGGAUACUCGACGGACUGGGUGCCCGCCAAGGCAUCCAUCGAGCUGCAAAAGGUAACAUAUACCAGCGCCUUCCGAUACAACGCGACUUCGCAAGACUACUAUCGCGAGUUCGACCCUUCGGCUCCAAAAUACAUUGGGGAGCCCAGCGAAGAAAUAGAUGCGGCUUGGAUGGAGCUCUUGGAUGGCCAGUACCUGGAGCUGUCCGAGGAAGAGGCUUUGCAGCUUGAUGACCCGGUCUCAAUCAAAGGAACUUAUUAUGGCGAGGUCGAGGUGAUGCAUUCCUUGCACUGCUUGAAUGCAAUUCGGAAAGCAAUGUCCCCAGAAUACUACUCAAAGCAUGGCAUGUACCAUUUGCCAAAAGAUCUGGAAAAGAUUCACGUCGAACACUGCUUUGAGCAACUCCGACAAAACCUGCAAUGCGCGGGCGACCUAACACCUCUCCUGUUACGGCCAUAUGGGGUGGAGCCUAAUGUCAACUUGAUCGGAACACCGCAGACACACACGUGUCGCAACUGGGAGGUCUUUCGCGCAUGGUGGACAGAGAGAGGACUUAAACAUGGUAAUUUUAACAAACGUGGAACUUGA